AUGGCAAAAGGAAAGGACCAUGCCAUACCCGACGCACUAUCGCGCGCUCCUGUAAACGAUCCGGAACCAGACGACGAUGAGACGAACAAGGACGUUCAGCUUUUUUCACGGCAAGUGAUGCUUCGGCGAAUAGCCGCGGUUGGGGCCGUUACACCGACAACAGAAGACGAGGAGGAAAUUACGGAUGAUCCAAAUCAUCUGGUGGACCCAGUGUUGGAAAAACUCAAGAUAACUGCGUCGAACGACGCUUCCUAUUCCACCCUUAUCCAGGCCAUUGAAACGGGAUUCACCACUAGACGUGAUUUAAUGGCGCCGGCCGUUCAUCAAUUUUGGAAAAUCCGCGACGAGCUGUCGGUGGACGACGGACUGGUUCUCUUCGGCUGCCGGAUCGUUAUCCCGCAAAGUUCCCGACGCGACAUCCUGCUAAAUUUACACGCGGCUCACCAAGGGAUCGUCCGCAUGAAGCGGCGGGCCCGCCAAACCGUAUACUGGCCAGGAUUGAGCAACGACAUCGUCGCGUUUGUAGAUAGUUGCCAGGUAUGUCAAGAACUUCAGCCGUCCCAACAACAAGAGCCCCUACUACGCGACGCUUUACCUGAGCGCGUCUUCGAGGAGGUAUCGACGGAUUUGUUCAAAUCUGGGCGACUGCAUGUUCUCGUGCCUAUCCGGAUGGCCGAAAAUUUUGUUGAUCUCGGGGUGCCCAUCCGUAUACGCACCGACGGCGGCCCUCAGUUUGGAGCCGGAGCAUUCCAGCAAGCGCUACAGAAAUGGGGGGUAGUGUGGGGAAAUUCAUCUCCAUACUACGCGCAGAGCAACGGUCACGUAGAGGCGGCAGUCGACGCUAUGAAGCGGCUCGUUUUGAAAAUCACACCCGCAGGAGACCUCACAUCCGACGCAUUCAUGCAAGGUCUUCUUGAAUUCCGUAAUACGCCCCGCGAAAACGGAAUGUCCCCGGCGGAGAUGGUGUUCGGCAGCCAGCUACGUUCGAUAUUGCCAGCCCAUCGCACUUCUUUUGCUCCACGCUGGAAGGACAUCAUGAACGCACGAGACCACCAACAGGCCUUGGAUGGCGGGGUGAAAAAGCGCUACGACAAACGGGCACGCCCACUGUCGCCACUGACCAUCGGGGUUCACGUAUGA